AUGAGCAGGAUGAUAGUAUUUAAGUAUCAACUAGUCCGCGCUUGCAGCAAGUAUUCAAAAUUAGAUAAGGUGCCGCGAGAUGAACGGAUACCAGAUUACGGGCAUAAACCAGAUCCAGGGGAUGCCCCGUCUGAACCUGUCUGGUUGCUAACAGGCCGUGGUGCAGAGCAGCGCUCCCAGCGAAGACGUGAAGGUGGAUGUCAGGAAAGCGAGGAGGUUGCGGGCGAAAAGAGAGUUGAGUGA